AUGAACGGCCUUCGGAUGGACGAGCUGUCUGCUGAGGUAGAGGUUCUCGAGUCGAAGCUAUUGAAGACCGCAGAUCUCACUACCAAGAUUUCGUUAAGCUUGAAGAAGCUGUCAGCUAGCGCCCAGAAUGUCGAACAGGCUGUGAAACCGAUUUACAGCAAGACACAGUCCCUGACGGCCCUUGCUGGGAAUAUCGAUGAUGCCAUAGCCGCAAUCGAUAAGAUACGACAACCUGCAGAUGUCGUUUCUCAAGAGGAAGGCGUCAUUCGUCGGGGACCUAAGGCGACCGGAUUGACCGAGUAUCUUGCUGCUCUCAAGAGGAUCAACGAGGCAAUGGGGACUUUAAAAAAGUCUAACUUGAGAAGCUCCCAGAAAGCGGUCGGGCAGAUGACCGGCCUGCUCAAAGCCGGAAGCUUGCAGCUGGAAGACCUAUUCAGGCAAGCAUUGGCAGAAGAGUCCAAGUCUGUCGAACCACUCCAUUACAUCACAAAGGAACUGCCGUUCCCGACUUUUAGUUCUGAGAAGGUCAACAUGCUUGCGGUGCUCAAUGAUUUUCUCUCGUCAACACUCGCCCAGUCCUCCGGUAUCCAAUCCAAUGCAAACACAAUAUAUGCCGAAGUCCGUGGUCCCUACAUGACCAACUCCUUGGCCUCUCUAGCCCUUGCAACGGUAAAUACUACUCGCCGCGUCACUGUCGCACCGUACGAUAAGGGUUCGAAUGGUAUAUCGAUGUACACAAACGCCCUCGAGGCAAUCUUCGAGGCCGAGUACGACAAUAUCUGCCAUCUCUUCCCGUCAUCUGAGUGGCCAACGGUGUACAGUAAUACGACGCUGCAGCCUAUGGGCGUCUUCAAAAAGACCCUGGCAGAUUUAAAUGCAUUCGUCAAGGCAAACAUGGUGACAGACUGUUUCCUCGCAUACGACGUUAUUGAGAACGUCCAGCCCGCCAGUCUGCGUCUAAAGACAAAAACAGGCGAGCAGCGCGAGUUCACGGAGGCCCUGAAACCGCUGCGGCUCACCGCGCAAAGUAGUUUCUCGCACUUUCUUGAGGACAUCAAGAAAAGUGGGUCAAGCACAGUUGCUCUGCCAUUGGACAAUACUGUCGCAGAGCUGACUACGAAUGUCAUGGCCCGACUCAGAAGAAUGUCAGAUUAUCCUAAUGCGAUAUCAGGUCUUUUGGUCUCUUUGGGAGAGGGAAAUUGGCAUGGUAACAAGCCAUAUACUGCACCUACAAUGUCGGCCUUUGACGUUGGUGCGGAUGGAGCGCAGCUGCUAUCGCAGUUCUGUCUUGAUGCCAUUGAUCAGUUGAUACAUGAGCUGGAGCAGAAGGCGAGGGUGAUGAUCAAGAAGACAUCCACGGUUGCGGUCUUUAUGGUAAACAAUGUUCACUAUAUCGAGAGCAAUAUCCGGAAGAGCGACCUGGCGAAUAUUAUGUCCCGGGAAGCGCAGCAGAAGGUCGAAAAGUGGAGAAAAGACGCCGUAAAGAUGUAUAUGGAGCAGUGGAAGGAAUGUGCAGCAUACCUGAUGGACGUCACAUACACGAAGCAGCACUCAGGGGGGAAGGUCACACUAACUAGCAAGGAGAAGGAGGGCGUCAAAGAAAAGUUCAAGAACUUCAAUACGGCGUUUGAGGACCUUGUGCAGAGACAUAAGCAGUACACAUUUCCUGAUAAGGAAGUACGUACCAUGCUGGCCAAAGAGAUUGGGUUUAUUGGCCCACUUUAUGGGAGAUUUUACGAUAAGUAUAAGGACUUAAUGAGGGACAAAUAUGUUAAGUAUGAUCGGCACUCGUUGGAGACUAUGUUGGCACAGCUAUAG